AUGAAUGAGAACCUUAUAGUGGUAAAGCGAAUGAAAGAAGUUCUAACGCUAAAUAAGCCGUGUUAUGCAGGAAUGAGCAUCCUAGACUUAUCCAAGACUUUAAUGUAUGAUUUCCACUACAACACCAUCAAGAAGGAGUACGGUGACAGGUCAAGGCUACUGUUCACUGAUACUGACAGUCUAAUGUAUGAACUGAAGACGGAUGAUGUUUACGAGGACUUCAAGACAAUAGGUGAAGAGAAAAACUGCUGGGAUAAUUCAGAUUACCCAAAAGAUUCUCCGUACUACUCAGCUCAUAAUAAGAAGGUCAUAGGUAAGUUUAAGGAUGAGGCUGAGGGAGUACCCGUAAUUGAGUUUGUUGGGUUGAGGUCAAAGAUGUACUCCUAUGUAAAGGAAAACGGUGGAGGUGGAAUGACUGCCAAAGGAGUUAAAAA